AUGGGUAGUGGCAAACAGUACAAAGAGAGCAGCAACGUUACGUCAUCGCCUGGGUCUGACACAGAUUCUUUUAUUGGGGCCAACUGGAAUACGCCGGUGGAGUUGACAACGGUGAAGGGGUACAAGGAUUUCAUGAAACAGCAUCCAAAUGACGAUAGAAGUUUCGCUACGGUACUCACUGAAGACUUCUCUAGAGGUUAUAUCAUCAAAGAUGACGAAGUCAUCGCCAAUGUCUACGGUGAGGCAAAGGAUUAUCUGAUAGAAAAGGCAAGACAUUGA